AUGGAAAUCGACGCUCAAGGCCCAUCGCUCGAGAGUAAAUCAGGCGGUAGUGCCGUUGUGCGUGAGAACCCUGUUAUCUCCGAUGAUAUCGGCGAACCCGAAAGACUUGCAAGAAGCAAGAUGGAUUCUAAAGAGAGAGCCUUGGUGCGCAAAUUGGAUUACUAUAUCAUGCCGACUAUAUGUAUUAUGUACUUCCUAAACUACGUCGACCGCAACGCCAUCGCGCAAGCCCGCCUCAACCAUUUUGAAUAUGAUCUCGGAAUGUCAGGCAACGAGUUCAACACGGCAGUCAGCAUUCUCUUCGUCGGAUACGUGCUCAUGCAAGUUCCGAGCAACAUGUUGAUUACGCGGAUCAAGCCCGGGCUUUACAUGGCAGGGUGGAUGUUCCUCUGGGCGGUGGUUUCCGCCUGUACGGCUGCUGUGAAGAGUUAUGGCGGGCUCGUGGCCUGCAGGUUCUUUCUUGGGAUUGCGGAAGCUCCAUUCUACCCGGGUGCUACUUACAUCCUGGCGAUCUACUAUACGCAUAGUGAAAUGGCCAUGCGGGUCGGUCUCAUGUACUGUGGCCAGCUCCUCGCUACUGGCUUCACCGGUUUGAUCUCGGCCGGUGUCUUCGCUGGGAUGGACGGGUUACGAGGCCUUACCGGCUGGCAAUGGCUCUUUGUCAUAGAAGGUUCCUUCACUGCUCUAGUUGCGGUUCUAGGAUUCUGGCUCCUACCAAAUACCCCGGAUGAGACGUUUUGGCUGAACGACGAGGAGCGCAAGUUGAUACAGGCACGCAUAGAGCGCGACAAGAUCAGCGAUGCCAUGAGCAAGUCUAGUACCUGGGAGGGUCUUAAGGAGACAUUUAAGGACAAGAGAACUUGGCUGUUCUGCUUCAUGCAGAUGUUCCAUCUAUCGGCUUGUUCUUUCAAUUCCUUCUUCCCGACUGUCGCGAAAACACUCGGGUAUAACAACACCGUAACUCUCUUGUUGACAUGCCCUCCUUUCAUCCUUGCGGGAGCUGGCAGCGUCUUAGUCGGUUGGAGCUCUGGGCGACUGAAUGAGAGAACAUGGCAUAUAACAGUAACAUUAUCCGUUGCGAUUAUCGGGUUCAUCAUAGCCGCCAGUACACUCAACACGGCUACACGUUACGUUGCUUGCUUCAUCUUCCCCGUCGGCGCAUUUUCCGCCAACUCGGUUGUCGUCGGGUGGGCAUCGUCGACUUUGAGCCAAACGGAAGAGAAAAGAGCCGUCGUCCUUGCGAUAACUAAUGUCUUCGGCCACAUUGGCUAUAUAUACGGCGCAUAUCUAUGGCCCGACACCGACGAACCGCGGUACGGCAUCGGGUUCGGCGCUUCCGCUGGCUUCGCUCUCCUCUCGAUAUGCUGCGCUUGGGUCGUCCGGACGCUACUCACACAAGAAAAUAGGAAGAUACUGGCUUCGAAUUUAGAGCGUGUCAACUUGUAUAGCUAUUGA